AGAGGAGACGCGUGGACGCGCUGUGAAACAUCACGUUUCCACUUUGAGUCGCGGUUGGUCGUGUAACGCUGCAGCGAGUGAACGUGACACGUUGUUUAAUCUUUACGUUUGAUUUCAACCUGAAAUCAGAUCAACGAAGAAGCGACGCGGAAAAAAAUCUCAAAGAAAACGAUGAAGAAGAAGAAAGUUCCGCUCAGCGCCGAGGAGGCGGCGCCAUCCCAGCAUCAGUCAGCUGACUACGUGGUUGGUCAGGUGUCGGGCAGCUUGUUCCUGCAGAACUCUGCGGCGCCCGGAUCCUUGGCGUCGUUGUUCAGCAGCGCCAGCCCGGCGGCGUCUCGUCUGUUCCAGCCGGCGCCUGAGCCGGUCCAGCGGAGCCCAGAGGAGCAGCAGCAGACAGAAACCCCAGAGGUCAAAGGUCAGAAGAAGACGACAAAGAAGCUGUCAAAGGAAAAAUCAGCGUCGGAGCAGAAGCUGGAAAAUAGGGAGAGCAGUCUGCAGGAGGCCGAUGAAGACGAGCUAGGGCAGGUGACGUCCGUGAAGAAGAAAUCGGCGACGAAGAGGAAGGCAUCGGAGGUGGUUGGAGAGAAGGACACAGAGUUCUGGGUGAAGAAGAGGCAGAGGACGAAGGCCGACAGGGACGAGGAGGCGGCGAAGAAGAGGAGGACGGUGUUCGUCGGCAACCUGCCUGUCAGCUGCACCAAGAAGACCCUGCGGAGCCUCUUCAGGGACAAAGGAUCCAUCGAGUCCAUCCGCUUCCGAUCUUUGGUCCGAGAGGAUCCGGCCAUGUCCCGCAAAGUCGCAGUGAUCAAACGACAAAUUCAUCCUAAAAAACAAAGCGUGAACGCCUACGUGGUUUUCAAAGACGAGGAAGGCGUCGCCAAGGCGAUGGAAAGGAACGGCACAGAGAUUGAGAAAGACUUCCACAUCCGAGUGGACCGAGUGACCGACGGCUCGUCGCACGAUCACAAACGUUCCGUCUUCGUGGGGAAUCUGUCAUUCGAGAUGAACGAGCUGGCGUUCCGACGGCAUUUCGAGGAGUGUGGUCCGGUGGAGGCGGUGAGACUCGUCCGAGACCAGAACUCCGGACUGGGGAAAGGAUUCGGCUACGUCCUGUUUGAGAGCGCCGACUCUGUCCAGCUGGCGUUGGAACUGGACGGCUCGAAGCUGGAGGGCAGGACCGUCCGGGUGAAGAGGUCCGUGAAGAAAGAAAAGCAAAAGAAUAAAACCAACGACAAAGGAGCCGCAGGGAGGACGGGCAGGGGCCCGGUGAAGGGCCCCGCCAAGGGCCCGGGGCGGGAGCGAGGACCCAGUCGAGGAGGUUUCAAGAAAUUCGCCGGAAACCAGCAAAGGUCGACCAAGAGCUCCGCCUCCUUCAAGGGAGAGAUGGUCGAUCCGAACAAAAAGAUUAAAAAGAAACGACUGAAGAGGAAACCGAAGCCAAACAAGACUGUUCAUAUCUGACGAAAUAUAUCCCAUGUUUAAUGUUCAUUCAUCCUGUCACUUCCUGUUCAAUCGUCUUGUCCAGCUGCCAAAAUCAAAUCAAAUUAGAAAAAUAUUGUUUAUACGUUUUUACCACGUUUUCAGAUCCUGGAGGAAAAAGGCUGAAAUAUGAUUUUAAUAUCAUUUUUUGUCAAAUCUUUUCUCCUCUUUCCCACGUUUACAUCACUGGACAAUAAAAACUCAAAAGAAACAACUUAA